AUGUCGGCGUACGUGACACCCCUGGUGUCUCAGGUGAGAUCGAUGUUCGGUAAUGAUGCAAACACAACGACAGACUUAAUGCUACCAAUACUAUUAGACAUGGCGAAUUUAAUUAGACGCGCCGUCAGACCCGGCAAGCAGUUGAGAGAAAUCACACAACCACUCGUACCACAGGCACAAAUUUCAAGACGAUCAUUCACAGAAGACACGUUAGAUGAAGAACCGUUCGAUGUAUCAUACCCACAGACAUCCACUAGACCGCCAUUCAUUCAGAGAUUAAGAAACCGCAGAAUCAUACCGCAGAGAAAUCAAUCACAAAACGUAGCGGACGAAAAAAUUGAUACAAAAGACACUAAAACAACUGAUACUGAAAUCAAUUCACAUAAAGUUUAUGACAAUAAAAAGUCUCCAAAGAUUUCAGCGUCUACUGAAGCUGUGUCAACUGCGAGAGCGGAACUCAAUACAACCAAAUAUGAUAACAACACAAUAGACCUGGCAGCAGACUCCACCAAUCAGACCCUGGCACAGGAUCUACCAGUGGCCGAGAAGUUACGAGCACUUAACAGAUACAUCGACCGAAAAGGCAACUUGUUUAGACGGGGUUCCUACUCGCCUAAACCUCCAGUUGGCCGCAGAACUACAGCGGAACCGACCCUUAAUCCUAUCAGGAGACGACCCUUACCAGCGAGGAAGCUGCCAACACCAAGCGAGCAGGCAAAAUGCGAGCUGUUCACAAACUCGCUGUGUCUACAUGCAGACGAUUAUCCAACAGACAUGAUUGUACAGACAAUCAGACGCAACAAGGCGGCAGCUGGGGCACUCCUGGCUGAUUACAGGGAUCCUGGUGACGGGGCUGUCGAUGGGGUCACGGCUGCUCAGGAGGCGAAGUACACGGCUGAUCAUUACCUGGUCUCCAAUAGGCGAGGUGACACAGCAAACCGUGACUUUGCGGGUGCUGGAGAAGCUGGCUUCAUGUGCCCCAGUAUUGUCAAAUAUGCUAGACCCCAGCGAGCCCGAGCCACUUCUGGCCAGUGGAAGUACAUUGUCAAUACUGGGGAGCACACGCAGACUUUACGACUAGAAAAGUGCUUGAAACCAAAAGAAUCUUGUACAUACCUCACAGACAAUUUCAAGUCGAAAUGUGUACAAGUGUACAAUUAUCACAGACUUUUAACAUGGGAUCAGCAAAAUGGUCUACAUAUGGAUAUAUUUAAGGUACCCACGUGUUGUUCUUGCCACAUAGAAGGCUACAGCGUAUCUUUCCCUCCACUUGGUCACCGAGUUCACGAAACGUCUUCAGAACAAUUUCCUGGGGAAGACCUUUCAUCAGAACACGGAAACCACGCAUUUGAAGCAGUCCAAUCUACGGUUCAUAGACCAAGUAUAAAAUCACCUGGAUUGACUCAUAGCAAACAACUGGAACCCUUCCCAUCUUUCAAUGAAAAUCACGAUUUGCUAUCUGGAAUACCAUUUAGCAAUUCAAAAUUGAACGAUAAUGAUGAAGUAGUUGUUAAUACAGGUAAACUACCGCAAUCUAAUCCUAUGGACUCUUAUGGAAAUACAUACUAUCCAGAUUCCUUUAACCAAGCAAGUUCAAUAAGAAACGUAAAGCGACCACUGCCCGGAAGAAACCCUGCAGGAUCUGCCAAUUUAGAUACGGUUACACUGCCAAGUUACUUAGAACCUCCAACGCCAUCUGGACCUUCUUCAUUUAAUUUUGUAAAAGAAACACCUAAUCAAUAUAAGAUAACCGGAAGCCAAUUUAAAAGAGGACCAGUCAGACCAAGUCGUCUGCCAAUAAGAAAGAAGAUUUCUGGAGGACCUGAUGAUUUGGUAUCAUCUGGUACAUCAUCUGUUGGAUCACUUUCCAAUGGCAAUUUAGAAACUUUGGAAGAUAUAGAUAAAUCAGUAGAACAUGAAAUAGGUUCGGUUACUUCGAAUGUACCUAGAAGAAUUACUAUAGCGCCAAAGUUGCAAGCAGCCACUACGGAAAAAAUCACAACGUCAUUCAGACCACAUGAACAAAACAGUGAACCCGACGAAAAUUUUACCUCCAAUGGUAAAAGAGUUAACUAUAAUUAUCAUCCAAUUAUAGACUUUUUUGGUGCCGAAGAAAAAGGUGACGUAAAUGAAUCUAUAGAUAGAGAAGAUAAUAUAUCAAGUUAUGAACCUCCUGAAUCGGAAUGGAAACCUAUAAAUCACCCUCCUUCGAGAAAUUUGCAAUCUUCCGACAUAAUUAGACAAAAGAAACAUUAGUAGAUUAUAUAACAUUCUUAUAUCAAUGAGAAUGUUAAUCUGAUAAGAUACAUCUGAGAUUAUAUAAUA